AUGAAUAAAACAGAACUUGAUCCGAACACAGAAAACGCUAUUCUCAUUCAAGGCUUAGGUUUUACCGACGGCAAUUUGGAAUCUCCAAUAAAUUUGGAUAUCAGUUUUAUGAAAGUUAUCAACUUGACACCUUUAGAAUGGGUUAAUAUUGAUGUAACUCCCAGGAAACUAAAAAUAACUAAUACAGGUCACACAGUGAUUCUUAGUGCAACCUGGGAUACAGAACGACCUUAUCUUACCGGUGGUCCACUUAAAGGAAGCUAUGUUUUUUCUCAACUGCAUUUUCAUUGGGGAGAGAACGAGAUGAACGGUAGCGAGCACUCGAUUGACGGUGCAAGUAUGCCUAUGGAACUUCAUGUAGUAUUCUUCAAGAGUGACUACGAAAAGUUUGAUUUAGCACUUCGACGGAUUGAUGGCAUCAUUGUUGUAGUAUAUUUUUUUAAGUUGCGCAACGAACCAAAUCAAUUUAUACAUGAUAUUCUGAAACAUUUGUCUGUUAUCCAAGUCGCAAAUUCCUCGGUUCGCAUUAUGCCCAGCAAGUUGACGAAUAUUGUAAGACCGUUCAAUCAAGAUUACUUUUUAUAUUGGGGAUCUAUGAGAGUACAAACUAGCGAAUCCAAAAUUCUUUGGAUAAUAAACAGAGAACCGAUAGGAGUAUCUGUUGAGCAAGUUGCACCAUUUCGAACGUUACUGAAUGAAAAAAACGUGCCUAUAUUAUCGAACGUACGCGAAGUGAAAGAAAGAGGAGGGAGGAGUAUUUUCCACGUUUGCCCCUCGGGUUCAACAUAUGCCUCGCUUUUACCGCUUCCGCGAGAUUUGCCAUCCAUUAAACCAGAAGGAACUGUCCAAAGUAAAAAUGAUACUAUUAAUACAAAUAUUUAG